AUGGCCGAUUCAUCCCUUCUUAGAGCAUCCGGCUCGUCGCGUUCAUCGUGGCCACUCCCCGAUGCUCCUGAUCCUCCUGUAAUCACAACAUUUCUCCUCCAGUUCUUGACCGGCUCACAGGUAGUGCAAAUUAAACGACAAUUCUUCUUGUCGUUGCGUCGAAACAAACAGGUCAUGUGGACUGGCAACAAUCGCAAAGAGGCACAGGAAUGGGCGGAUCAGAGAAGCAUGCGGACAUUGUCGACCGCUAUGGGGCCGCUUCAGCACGGCGACGACCCACGAUGUUUCCUACCGAGGAAUGACCAAAAGAGACGGUCGCAAUACAUGAGAGGUGCCUCAGCCCUUUUCGCGUGGUGCGUUACCACCGACGACAUCGUCACCAUCCUCUGUCCGCCGCCUCCAGACCGAUUUAACCCAGGAGGAGCAACGAACAUGCAACUGGUCGAGCUGCCAAUCCUGACGGGAAUUGCCGGAGGCCAAGCUGUGUCCCGAAUUGACGUUAUCCACCCUAUGGUCCAUGGUGCCGAAGACUUCAGAUACCAGUUGUGGCCGGUCGAUGAGGUGCACAUUUGG